GCUCUACGGUAGUUGAUUCAGUCAGUCAGUCACACAGUCUUCGGGGAUCUCACGUCGUCUUUGUGAAGUGAAGGCAGCGAAAGAGAGGAGCGCCGUAAAAAAAAAAACCCACACGCGGUUUGGACAAAAACACUACGCGGCUUUGUCACUGAGAUCCGACCUGAAAAUCACCACUUAAGGAGGUGAGCGAGGGACCUUGCGUGAGGAAUACAUGAAGGGUGGGGCGGCGGAGGGGGUGGCAACCACAGCAGCCUCACCACUGACACACAGAGUAAAAAACUUUUAAUGGAGUCCCGGUAGAGGCAUCAAGAUGAACACGUUACCAUCGAUGGACCGGCACAUCCAGCAGACCAAUGACAGGCUGCAGUGCAUCAAACAGCACCUACAGAACCCGGCCAACUUCCACUCGGCUGCCACGGAGCUGCUGGACUGGUGUGGAGAUCCCCGGGCCUUCCAGCGACCUUUUGAGCAAAGUCUCAUGGGAUGCCUGACGGUGGUGAGUCGCGUCGCUGCUCAGCAGGGGUUUGACUUGGACCUGGGCUACAGGUUGCUUGCUGUGUGUGCUGCCAACCGGGACAAAUUCACACCCAAGUCUGCUGAAACCAGCACCUGCAGGAGAUGUCAGAGUGACUCAGCCCUGCUGUCAUCGUGGUGCGAGGAGCUGGGCCGUCUCCUCCUGCUGCGUCACCAGAAGAACAGGCAGAACGAACCGCAGGGAAAAGUCCCCAUGCAGCCCAGCAUGAACAGCAUGAAGCCUGGCCUCACGCACAGUGAUGGAUCCUUUCCUUAUGACUCAGUCCCCUGGCAGCAAAACACUAACCAGCCCCCUGGGUCAUUGUCUGUGGUUACAACGGUGUGGGGUGUAACUAAUACGUCCCAGAGUCAGGUGCUGUGUAACCCCAUGGCAAACAGCAAUAACCACAUGAAUCCAGGGGGUAACCCCAUGGGAUCGGGUAUUCCCGGCAGCGCAGCGGGGCUCAGUUCACCCCAGUUCAACGCUCAACAGCAACAGUUCCCGAACAAAGGAGGAUCCAACCAGUCGUACAUGCAGCAGGGCAUGUACGGCAGGCCUGGCUACCCUGGAGGUCCUGGGGGAUACAGUGGAAGUUACUCUGGAGGCCCAAAUGCCCCACCAGGAGGUAUGGGAAUGACCACCCACUCACGUCCUCCCGGUGACUUCACCCCGCCAGCUGCUGCCGCUGCAGCUGCGGCUGUUGCUGCUGCUGCUGCCACGGCGACGGCUACUGCAACAGCCACAGUGGCGGCUCUACAGGAAACACAGAAUAAAGAUAUGAACCAGUAUGGACAGAUGUGUCCAUCGUUCCAAAUGGGCCCUGCUCCACCCUACAACAGCCAGUUCAUGAAUCAGCCGGGCCCACGAGGCCCCCCUGGAGGUAUGAAUCCAGCCAGCAUGGGUUCAGCCAUGAACAACCCCAGUAUGAGCGGGCCUCCGAUGGGCAUGAACCCGUCUCGAACCCCCGGCAUGGGACCUUUCGGGGCUCACGGCCAAAGGAUGCCUCAGCAAGGGUACCCGGGAGUGCCUCGGCAGGGGAUGCCCAUGCAGGGGAUAAAGAGGCCAUAUUCUGGAGAGGGAAGUUAUGGGGGUCCGCAGUACGGCCCCAACAGCCAGUUCCAGCCACAGCAAGGCCAGUAUCCCACGUCAAACGCAUCCAGGCCGCUGCCUUCACCUAACUACCCCACUCAGAGGAUGCCAGGGCAGCAGGGCCAGGGCCAGUACCCCCCUGGUAUGCCCAUGGGACAGUAUUACAAGCAAGAACCCUUCAAUGGUCAGAACACCAACUUCUCUGGAGGUGGAUACUCCUACGGCCAAGGCAACGGGCCCCCCAGGCCUGGUAACUACCCCCACUCCCCAGUCCCUGGGAAUCCAACACCCCCUAUGACCCCAGGAAGUAGCAUUCCUCCAUAUCUGUCGCCAAACCAGGAUGUGAAGCCCCCGUUUCCACCUGACAUGAAACAAAAUCUGACAGCACUUCCGCCCCCUCCAAGUAACCCCAACGAGGAGCUGCGGCUGACGUUCCCAGUCAGGGACGGCGUUGUGCUGGAGCCGUUCCGCCUCGAGCACAACCUGGCCGUGAGUAACCACGUUUUCCACCUGCGGCCCUCCGUCCACCAGACCCUCAUGUGGAGGUCAGACCUGGAGCUGCAGUUUAAGUGCUACCACCAUGAAGACAGGCAGAUGAACACCAACUGGCCUGCGUCCGUCCAGGUCAGCGUCAACGCCACACCCCUUACCAUCGAGAGGGGGGAUAACAAAACCUCCCACAAACCCCUGCACCUCAAGCACGUGUGCCAACCAGGGAGGAACACCAUCCAAAUCACAGUUACCGCCUGCUGCUGUUCCCACCUGUUUGUGCUUCAGCUGGUCCACAGACCAUCUGUGCGCUCCGUCCUCCAGGGCCUCCUGAAGAAGAGGCUUCUUCCCGCGGAACACUGCAUCACCAAGAUUAAGAGGAACUUCAGCAGUGUGGCAGCGUCGGCAGGCAACGCCACUCUCAACGGGGAGGACGGCGUGGAGCAGACGGCCAUUAAAGUGUCGCUGAAAUGUCCCAUUACCUUCCGACGCAUCCAGCUACCCGCGCGAGGGCACGACUGCAAACAUGUGCAGUGCUUUGACUUGGAGUCCUACUUGCAGCUCAACUGUGAGCGGGGGACAUGGAGGUGUCCUGUGUGCAAUAAAACAGCGUUACUAGAAGGUCUGGAGGUGGACCAGUACAUGUGGGGAAUCCUCAAUGCCAUCCAAAACUCAGAGUUUGAGGAAGUCACUAUAGACCCCACGUGUAGCUGGCGACCUGUCCCCAUCAAAUCUGAGCUGCACAUCAAAGAGGACCCUGACGGGCCGCUGCCCAAGCGCUUUAAGACCAUGAGCCCGAGUCAGAUGACCAUGCCCAACGUGAUGGACAUGAUUGCUCAGCUGGGCCCAGGACCCGGCCCCGGACCAGGUCCAAGCCCCUACCCGCCUCACCCUGGUCAGCAUGCCAGCGGCAACGGGGGAGACUACCCUGGACCAGGCAACAGCUACCAUAGCCAAGGGAGCUUUGACUUCCCUCAUGGGAACCCCUCUGGUGGAGUGGGAGCAGGAGGCGGAGGAGGUCCUCCCAUGAACGACUUCAUCCACGGCCCCCAGCUCUCCCACCCCCCGGACGGACCUGCCGGCCUCCUGGCCCAGGACAAACCUCUCAGCCACGGCAUGAACGAUGCAAUGUGUCAUUCAGAUCAGUCCCAUAGCUCCAUGCAGCAGAGCUUGCAUGCGUCUCCCCACCCCGGCAACCAAGCAGGGCUGCCUUUACAUCACAGUGGCCAGUCAGGGCAGCCCUUGCAUCACAGUGGCCAAUCAUCGCAGCCGCCUCGCCAGCCGCAGCCGCAGCCUCAGCACCCCGGGCAGAACAGUCACGCCCCCGGCGAUCUGAACUUUAACCCCUCCUCAGAUGGCCAGAUGGGUCAGGGGGCCCAGGAUAUGCCUGAACCCUCCCUGGAUCUGCUUCCGGAGCUGGCCAAUCCAGAAGAGUUACUGUCAUACCUGGACCCUCCCGACCUCCCCGCAAACAGCAACGAUGACUUACUCUCCCUUUUUGAGAACAACUAACCCCCCCGUCCCCCCGCCCCGCUUGCCAUCCAACCACCCUUCACCCCCCACGAACCCUCUAGUAUCUGAAGGAGUCGUGAUGUGCUUGACUGUCCGUCCACGGGCGACCUGCUGACAAGACUUUAAGCAGCUCCAUGUGCUCACGCAUGUACUGUCAGUGCACAGAUGGUGUGUUUUGCAACAGAGCUCAGCUGUGCGUCAACUGCAGGAAAGGAAGCUGGUCGCCGUUCAUCCCUGCACUCCCGUUUAUUUCUCUGCAAAGAUUCCACAAACCAGUUCCACCACUUUCGGCUCAAACUGCACCACUUACAGCCAUGGCGGUGGCCAAUAAUACAUACAUAUAUAUAUAUAUAU